AUGGCAGCCACGUGCAACUUCGGCACGUUUCUUGAAGAGGCAAUUCGGGACCGCCUCAUUGUGGGAUUACACAACGACGCCAUCCGGUGCAAGCUCCUCGCGACGGAAGACAAGGACCUCACCUUCGAAAAGGCUUACAAUGCAGCGCUGGGAAUGGGAGCAGCGCAAGGACAGAACAAGGAAGUCCGUAGCAGCGACGCGACCAACAGCGCCUGUGCCACUGAAGACGACGUCAACUGGCAACGGCAGUCUUCUGCACAAGACAAUGACUUAAAACGGAAACUUCUGACUAGCCCUUGGACGCCUCCAGAUACGUACAAUUUCAAAGCGGAUGCUGCAGAGCUGCAGCAAGCCAGGGCGUUUCGACCAGCGUGGCUAUCGCAGUAUCCGUGGCUGGCGUAUUCCAGUGUGCUUAAGACGUCGGCGCGCCGCACGAUCGAAUGCGUUAAAGACAAUGAAAGUUCGUCGCCGGACGUUGACGUGCUUCGGGCGAACAUCAGUGAUGCACAAGACGCCUGCAGCUGGGUACAAGAUUACGGCUUGAAAACGAGCACAUCGUGGGUUGUGGACUUCGUCAAGUCAACAGCAAGGUGUGAAAGGAUGGUGUUCCACAAAAUAUGGCGCUGCAAAGAGUCCAAACGUGAAAUACCACCUGGCAAACCUGCGGCACACUGCCCAGCUAAGAUUGACCUCAAGAUCAAGAAGGUCAACAGGAACACGAAGCGAAACGAUGCCUUUCUGCGUGGAGAAAGGCCACUGCCAGCUGUGAUAAAGCUGCUACAUCACAACAACCACAGCCACAGCACAGCAGCUGCAGAGGCUCUUUCUCGCCUAACGCCAACAUCGCAGACAAAACAGACCUUUUUGGCAUACUUCGACAAUGGCAUGUCGCCAGCUGAAGCCAUCAGGCUUCACGAAAGUAAAUUGCUGGUUCAAGAAGACGGGUACGCCCUUGUUGCAAACUCUGCGGUCAACCCGUUGCCUCCAGCCAUCUACUAUUGGCACAGGCUCUGGCGUCAAGAAAACUUUGGCAGGAAUGUAGAUCCCCUCUUAAAGAUAACUGAGAAGAUGCCAUUGUAUGCAAAACAUGUACUCCUCUGA